AGAUGGCGGCGGGGACGAGGUGAGGUGUUGGCAGUAGAAAGGGGUUCGGCGCGGGGGGCGGGGGAACGCGGGACGAUGGCCCGCGCCGGCCGCAGGACCGGAUAAGAAGCCGUCGCGCCGCGGCUGUGGUAGGGAGGGGAUGAGGGGGCGCCCGGGCGCCACGAGAGUAUGACGGGGCUGUUUGAGCUGGUGUGGCGGGUGCUGCACGCUCUGCUCUGCCUGCACCGCACGCUCAUCUCCUGGAUCCGCGUUCGGUUCGGCGUCUGGAACUGGAUCUGGCGGCGCUGCUGCCGCGCCGCCUCCGCCGCGGUCCUAGCGCCGCUCGGCUUCACGCUCCGCAAGCCCCCGGGCGUCGGCAGGAACCGCCGCCACUACCGGCACCAGCGCGGGACACCCGGCCCGGCCGCCGCCCACCCCCGGCUGCGCUGGCGCGCGGACGGCCGUUCCCUGGACAAGCUGCCCGUGCACAUGGGCCUGAUCGUCACCGAGGAGGAGCUGGAGCCCAGCUUCACGGACAUCGCGAGCCUCGUGGUGUGGUGUAUGGCCGUGGGCAUCUCCUACAUUAGCGUCUACGACCACCAAGGCAUUUUCAAAAGAAAUAAUUCCAGAUUGAUGGAUGAAAUAUUAAAACAGCAACAGGAACUUCUGGGCUUAGAUUGUUCCAAGUACUCACCAGAAUUUGCAAAUAGUAAUGACAAAGAUGAUCAAGUUUUAAAUUGCCAGUCCAGAGUGAAGGUGCUGUCCCCAGAAGAUGGAAAAGCGGAUAUCGUGAGAGCUGCUCAGGACUUUUGCCAGUUAGUAGCCCAGCAGCAAAAGAAAUCCACAGAUUUGGAUGUAGAUAUGUUAGACAGUUUACUUAGUUCAAAUGGUUUCCCCGAUCCUGAUUUAGUCUUGAAGUUUGGACCUGUAGACAGCACAUUAGGCUUUCUUCCCUGGCACAUCAGAUUGACUGAGAUUGUCUCUUUGCCUUCCCACCUAAACAUCAGUUACGAGGACUUUUUCUCUGCCCUUUGUCAAUAUGCAGCCUGUGAACAGCGUCUGGGAAAGUAGUCAUCCAUGGUUGCAUCAUUUGUGUCAGACUUUUGGAGGAAAGGACCCAAGUGACUCUGAUGUUUACAAAGCACCUAUGAAACCCUGUACAAACCUAGUUCAUAAUCCUCAUAAUUUAUCAACAAACACAAAAAAGUGUCUUACUUGAGAGUAAGAAUGAGUGUGUGUGUGUGUGUGUGUGUGUGUGAGAGAGAGAGAGAGAGAGAGAGAAUGUGUAUGAGUAGAAGUAUUGGAGAAGGAAAUAUAUAGACCUGUAACUUUGAGCAAAUAGCAGCAUUGUUUUAGGACCUGAAAUUUCAGAUUUAAAUGCUUCAAUCUCAACCUCCGCCCUGUUUUUGUGGGGAGAAUCGGGAUGAUUAGUGCUGCUUAGUGUUUUGAGGGGGUGGGAAUGAUUUCUGUUCUGUUAUACUUAGCGACUAGGUGACCAAACUUUAAUUUUUAAGAAUAAUAUAUUGGCUUAUUAAAUAAAACAUUUUGGGAUUAAGUGAU